UCUCAUCAAAGGUAAAGUCACAACCACCAAAGGAUCAUAACAGGUCUCGUAUACCCCACAGGUCGUUCCUCACAUAGACGUUAGAACUAGGAUCGUAACGAGAAAAAAUGAACCCUGGAGCGUACCAAUUCGUCCCCGGCGGCAACUUUGCUCCGGGUGCGGGUCAACCCGGUCAACCUGGACAGCAGCAAGGAGGUCAGCCCGGUGCCAACCCUUACAACCCCUACGCCCAACAGCAACAGCAAGCCGGAGGUUAUUACGGUCAGCAAGGGGGUUACCAGGCUGGUGGAUACCAGCAGGGUGGUUAUGGAGGUGGUUACCAGCAAGGAGGAUACGGAGGUGGAUUUCAAGCUGGAGUUUACGGCCAGCCACAGGGAGGAUACCAGGGUGGUUUCGUCCCCCGAGCUCAACAGUUCCAGCCUCAACAACAGCAGUACCAGCAACCGGCUGCUCCUGCCAAUACCACCACCACCCUGCCCGGGCGUCAGAGCUACAUCCCCCCCGCUUCCACUUCGGCUCCGGCCAAAGCCGUCAGCUUGAGCAUCGGUGGUGGUGCCGGAGCCUCGACUUCGACCCCGGCCAAGAGCAUGUCGAUCAGUAUCGGAUCCAAGAAGGUCAACUCGACCCCUGAGAAGAAGGACGUUGCUGCUACCGACAAGCCGGCUGCGCCUGCCAAGAGCAUGUCGAUUAGCAUCGGAGGAGCUAAGAAACCCGCUGCUGUCGAGGGAAACAAGUCGGAUUCCCCAGCCAAAGCUCCUGCAGCUGAGAAACCCAAAAAGGAGGCCGAGCCUGCGGACUGGGACGCUGCCGAGGCUGAACCUGCAAAGAAGGCAGCUCCUGCACCUGAGCCUGUUGCUGCUGCCCCUGCACCUGCCGCUGCGCAGGAAACACCCUCUGCACCUGCACCCAAGGCCGCGGCCUCUUCCAUCGUCACCGAGUCGAAAACCAACUUUUCCAGGCAGGUCGCUUCCACCGACGCUGAUGCCAUUGCCCAGGAAGCCGCCCGGAUUGCGGACGCUGAUCUGUUGCAAGAGCUAUAUGGGGGAGAGGAAGCUGAUCCUAACAUCAAGCCGAACUUGAACGUCGUGUUCAUCGGUCACGUCGAUGCCGGUAAAUCCACCAUGGGUGGACAGCUAUUGGCUUUGACCGGAAUGGUCGAUCGACGAACGCUGGAGAAGUACCAGAAGGAGGCCAAGGAGAUGGGUCGUGAAUCUUGGUACCUCAGUUGGGCGCUCGACAGCGACACCAAGGAGCGAGCGAAGGGAAAGACCGUCGAAGUCGGACGAGCUUACUUUGAGACCGAUGUUAGGCGAUACACUGUUCUUGAUGCUCCCGGGCAUAAGACGUACAUCCCUAGCAUGAUCACUGGAUCCAGUCAGGCCGAUCUUGCCGCUCUCGUCAUCUCUGCACGAAAAGGAGAAUUCGAGACCGGUUUCGAGAAGGGUGGACAGACCCGAGAACACGCAUUGUUGGUAAAGUCGAACGGUAUCAACAAGCUUGUUGUAGUGAUCAACAAGAUGGAUGACCCUACUGUCGCAUGGGACAAGGCUCGAUACGACGAGAUUGUCGAAAAGUUGACCUUGUUCUUGAAGUCGGUCGGAUACAACCCGAAGACCGAUAUCACUUUCAUCCCCGUCUCGGCGUUCACCGGUGCCAACAUGAAGGAGCGACUAGACCCCAAGGUGGCAUCUUGGUACUCCGGCCCAGCACUGUUGGAAUACCUUGAUAACAUGCCCAUCGACGACCGAAAAUACAACGAAGCCUUCAUGUUCCCUGUCAGCGAAAAGUACAACGAGUUGGGUGCCAUCGCUGUCGGAAAGAUCGAGUCCGGUCGAGUGAAGAAGGGAGACACCGUCUUGCUCAUGCCCAACAGGGAACGUAUCGAAGUUGGUGCUAUUUACGACGAGCAGGGUGCCGAGCUUGAUGGUGCUUUGUGCGGAGACAAUGUCAGGAUCCGACUAAAGAACGUCAACGAAGACGGUCUACAGCCAGGUUUCGUCUUGACGUCGCCUAUCCGACCCGUACAGGUGGCUAGGCGGUUCGAGGCUCAGGUUGCUAUUCUGGAUUCAAAGAACAUCAUGGCUGCUGGUUUCGCUUGUAUCAUGCACUUGCACACCUUGAGCGAGGAGAUCACCUUUGUUCAGCUCUUAAACUACUAUGACAAGAAGACGGGUAGGAAGAGCAGAAAGCCACCGGCCUUUGCCAAGAAGGGUAUGAAGGUUUUGGUUUUGAUCGAGACGACGGCUCCUAUCUGUGUCGAGACAUUUGCCAACCAGCCCAGUUUGGGACGAUUUACCCUCCGAGAUGAGGGCAAGACGAUCGGUAUCGGUAAGGUCACCAAGAUCAGGGAGCGGGCGGAUAUGCCUUCAAUCGAAGAGUUGAACAUCAAGGAUACCCCCGAAGCCGCCGCCUAAAGGGCUACAGGGAUGACGGAGAAGAGCGAGUUUUGGCGUUAAUGAAAGCCAGCUGGGUGUGUGUCUUGUAUCAUGAGGAGAUGACGAUUUGCAGCAGGUAGUCUCAAGGUCAUCCCCCCAGGCCAUCACGUGAUCGGAUCGAGGUGUUCCAGCUGCGGGCUGCGCCAAGGGGGGCCAAGGGUGGCGUCUGUUGUUUACGAUGUGACACGCGGAUAUCCCGGGCUGUGUGUGUCGCCCACUGCGUCAUGACGUUUUGAUGGAAUUGAUGAUGAUGAUGGUGGAGAAUUUGAUCAGAAUCACGGGGAAUCACGAUUUCUCUUUUGUUGUUUUGCUCGAUCGUGGAUGAUGAGAUCGAGAUCAAAGGAAG